UGUUGCAUGCAUGGUCAGUAGUGAUCGGUAGGUGAGUAGGUUUUCGCUUUGGUUAGCUUUGACCAAUCUUAAGGCUUGAUUCUUGGUACUGAUCAGCAAGUUGACUGUCGUUGGCAGGGUGGUUGAGGAGUCACACACACAGGAAGUGAAGAAAUUUUGUCAUGGCUCUGGAUCGGUGCGAGAAUUCCCUUUGUGUGGUGUAAAAUUUUGUUUUUUCUCGUCGAUGCCUUUGUUCGAGGGGUCGGACUCGUGUGGCCUCGUGUGUGUGGACUCGUAGCGUUCACUCAAAGUGCCGCCCAAGUGUUGUGGUCCUCAUCGAAGGACCUCCCGGUGUAGAAAUGAGAGAGUUCAAGGUUGUGGUGUUGGGAUCGGGCGGGGUAGGCAAAAGUGCAUUGACGGUCCAGUUUGUGUCGGGUUGCUUCAUGGAGAAGUAUGAUCCGACGAUCGAGGACUUCUACAGGAAGGAGAUCGAGGUUGAUAACUCGCCCUGCGUCCUCGAGAUCCUCGACACCGCAGGUACGGAGCAGUUCGCCAGCAUGCGUGACCUCUACAUUAAGAACGGCCAGGGCUUCGUCGUCGUAUACAGCCUUACUAAUCACCAGACGUUUCAGGAUAUCAAAGCGAUGAAAGAGCUGAUAACCCGUGUGAAAGGAACAGAAAGGGUGCCGGUCCUGCUGGUGGCUAAUAAACUCGAUCUAGAGCAUCAGCGUGAAGUUGACACUGCCGAGGGUAACGCCUUAGCGCAGAUAUGGGGUUGUCCAUUUGUCGAAGCUUCGGCUAAAAACCGCACCAAUGUCAAUGAGAUGUUUGCUGAAAUCGUGCGCGAAAUGAACUUUAGUCCGGAAAAAGAGAAGAAGAGUUACUGCUGUUGUAGCGUUCUUUAAUACUUAAUCAAAAUCCCAAGCCGGGCAGACUGAACAACGCUAGGUAAAUAGGGGCAACGCUAGUGGUCCUGCGAACUUUUCUUUUCCCUUCCCCAGGCCCAGCGGGGUCGUGCUGUGAACUCGCAAAACUUGUAAGAAUAAUUUAUAACCUAUGAACGCUCAGCAAAAAGAUUAUAUCGAAGAGACUGUGAGUCUUGCUUUUCUAUCGACAGAAUGCGGCUAUCGAUCCACAGCCGCGGACAUAUUUUAAUAUACAUGGAUAGUAUUAUGUGUAAUAUUAUUGUAAUAUAUAACGAUAGGCUUAAGCAGGAAAGUGGUGGAGCGAAUAUGUGGAAUAGGACCAAUGCGUGGAGGAGAGUCGUGGACUUUGUAAAAAUGGUUACGAAGGAGCCCUGCGCUAGUAGUUGUUUAUUGUUAAUGACAAAACCAAACUGGAUAUCACUAGCUUCGUACUCAAUUCGAUGAAUGAAAAAAAAAAUCAAUAAACCAACAGCCGACAUUCGGUUUUAAGUCCAUUUUCAUCACGAGCCGUCCAGCUAGCUAGUUUUUAGCACGAACGGCGCUAACUGUGGCUGAAUAAAGCUUAAUUUCAAAGCUUUCACAUAAACAUUUCAAGAGACCAUACUUCUGGUAGUCUUGAAACAUUUUCACAUUGUAGAUUGUCAGCAUUUUUCUCUCUUUCGAAAAUCUUGUAAAGUGUCAAAAAUAUCUCUGUAUAUUUUUGCUACACUGAAAAUAGAUUUCCAACUUUUAUAUCAGUUUUUAUAGAGUUAUAUCAACAUAAUGAAUAUGUUGGGAUCAUUGUUCAAGCACAAAUGAAAUAUUUGACAAGCGAGGAACGAUAAGAAAUUUGGUUGAAACUGUACUAAAAAAUGUGUAAACAAAAUAUGAUGUUUAAUGGAUUUUUUGGUGAUUAGGAACAAAUAAAAAAACGAGUAUUCUCAAGAACGUUCUAGGAUAUCUUCCAGAAGAUCCGGAUAGGUCUGAAAUCUGUUUUCUCAGAAGGAAAGAAAAUAUCUACCCGUUAUUUGAAGGGUUGCGUGCAGAACCUGCUUAUUUUUUGCGAUAGCCCUAAAGUCGCCUUUCCAGUAAGAUUGGUGAGACAAAAAUGCAAAAUGUCAAUACUGCACACAACCCUUACGUCAAUUUUGUGCAAUAAUAAGAGUGUAAAAAACUAUUUUCUACGCAUAUGUAUUGGAAGGCCGAGAGUGAUAAGGAUAUCAUUUACACAAAAGAGUACUUUCCACUUCCGUUGAUAAACCGAGUUAAAAAAUGUUUUAAAAUCAUAGACAUAUUUAGAAAUUUUAAAUUCUCUUGAAUUCAGAGUUUUUUGUGGGCAAAUGGGCCUUAAAUGUCUACCGUGCUCUCUUCCAUGCAUUUUCAGAUAUAAAAAAAUAUCUGUAUUUUUAAUUUGUAACUAGGAAAGUAAACGUGUAGAAAACUACUCACAGAUAAUGUUAAAAACGUAAAAUCAUUCACACGAAGGUUGUUGUUAUGCGUGCAUAUCUACAAGUAAUCCUAAAAACAAAAUUGUCGAAGAAGCGAACAAUGUCAAAAACCAUCUUGGCUAAGUGAUAAAAGCAUUAAUUGACUUUUGUGAGGUAAUACAGAAAUUUGUAAAUAGCGACCGCUGAAUUUCAAGGGUUCUCGAGCGAUUUGUUAAGUCCUACUACUAGACGUAUUUAGCCCUCGUCCUUUUUAAAAAUGCAUCUUUCAAUGAAAAAAAGUUUUAAAAUAUUGAGUUUUUUAAAACUUAAUUGAAUUUUAUCAAUUCUUGUAGUGCUAGAAAAUUUUGAAUGAAUCUGUGAGAAAUAAUGCCGAUAGACCGCAAAAUAAACAUGAUAUGAAUUAAUUUACAUUACAGGCAUAUUUGAUUUAAAAUUACUAUUAUGCGAAGCGAACUAGUUUAAAUUUUUUUCUUCAUUGUUAUUGUUUUAACAAGUUUAUGUUCUCUUUUGUGGAAAUAAAACUCAUGGGGUAAAUGAACUAACUUUAAAAACAGAAGUUAAGUAUUCAUUCCUUUAAUAAGGUAAAUAUUUUCAAACAAUUUUAAAUACAAUUAAUAUAUAAUGAUCAAUAAAUUAAAUGGAUCUGCCUGUAUGAAUGGAAAUAAUGUUUGUCUUUUAUUGAUAGUUUCCACAACACUUGGUUUAACGACAUACCAUUUCAUUCCUUUUAAUUUCACUUUUUAAUCUCAACAGACCGAGCAUUGCAGUCGUUUUAUUUUUCCUUUGUCGUAGAUAAAUC